AUGGCCGAAGCAAUUGACACUGGCUUCUAUUUUACAUCGGUCAGACAUACCGACACAUAUCCCACAAUCAAUCCAUCACAGCAGGACCUGCACAACAAAUAUGUUUUCAUAACCGGCGCCUCCAAAGGGAUCGGGCGCGAGACAGCAUUAUCAUAUGCGCAAGCGGGCUGUGCGGGCAUCGGAAUUGGCGCUCGAACAGAUCUUUCCAGUCUAAUCCCGCUCCUAGAACAGGCAGCACAAAGCGCCGGGAAAGCCGCUCCCAAAGUGAAAGCGGUUACAUUGGAUGUGACCGACGAAGCCAGCGUGGCGGAGGCGGCAGCAUCAAUUGCUGAGGUCUUCCCAAGGGUGGACAUUCUCAUCAACAACGCCGGAUAUCUCGAGAAACGAGCCAAAAUCGCCGAAAGUGACCCAAGCGAGUGGUGGAAGAGUUGGGAUGUGAAUGUUAAGGGCCCUUACCUGGUGACGCGCGCGUUCUUACCGCAAAUGCUGGAGCGCGGAGGAGAAAAGAUCAUUGUCAACCUCUGCAGCAUCGCAGCCCAUCUGCGGUCGCCGGGUGGCUCAGCGUAUCAGACUAGCAAGUUGGCAGUGUUGCGGCUUACGGAGUUUCUUGACGUCGAUCAUGGUCCGGAUGGUAUCUUGACGUUUGCUAUUCAUCCGGGGGGUGUCUUGACGGAUAUGGGGAGAAGGCUUCCUUUGGAGCGGCAGCCGGCUUUGACUGAAAGCCCUCGGUUAUGCGCCGAUAGCCUGGUCUUCUUGACCAGGGAGAGGCGAGAGUGGUUGGCCGGGCGAUAUGUGUCUGCGACUUGGGAUGUGGAGGAGCUGAUUAGCAAGAGGGAAGAUAUUGUCGCAAGGGACCUCUUGAAGAACGUUGUCAAUUUCCGGUAUAAACGAGUUGCCAUUGUAGGCGCAGGUCCCUCCGGGCUGGCCGCCGUUCGAGCAUUAGCCCAAGAAAAUUGCUUCGAGUACAUCCGGAUAUUCGAACGAUCAGACCGAGUGGGAGGUCUAUGGGCGUUCGACCCCGUACCAGAUGCAUUCCAACCCCGAUAUACAGAAGCCGAAAUGCCCUGCGCAGUGCCAGAGGAGCUACCAUGUGUUGCUUCUCCGCUCGCAGAACGAGCUGGCUUGCAUGGAUCUAUCUACGAGCAUAUGGACACCAAUGCUGGCGCGGCAACCAUGGCGUUUACCGACCGGCCCAUUCCAUUUGCAAACUCAGAGAAUUCGGAGAAGCUGUUUGGUAAGGACAACUCUUCUCGUCCCAGAAGUGCCAUUGUCGCCUAUUUGGAGACUCUUUUUGUGCCGUAUCUUCAUUAUGUUUCUUUCAAUACCACGGUUGAGAAGGUCGACAAGGUUGGGGGCGAGUGGGUGGUCACGCUGAGACGUUCCGAUAUCUUCCAUAGAGGCGAAAAAGUCGACUACUGGUGGCAGGAACAAUUUGAUGCUGUCAUUGUUGCUUCAGGGCAUCAUACAAUUCCCUUUAUUCCGUCGAUUCAGGGACUCGAAGAGAGUUGUGCAAAGGUCCCUGAGAAAUUCGAGCAUUCCAAGUCAUGGAGAUCAGCAGAGGAUUGUAACGAUAAAAAAGUCAUCAUAGUCGGAAACAACGUUUCUGCUGCGGACAUGGUCGACGCCAUGUAUACCAAUGUUAAAGCACCACUUUACGUCUCGCAGCGCACACCCAACACGUUCUUCGACAAUGCAUGGAAGCUUCCCAACGUCCAGUCAGUGCCACGGGUUACGCAUAUUACUCCUGGCGAUGGCGGAGUGGUUCACUUUGCAGACGGAAGUACUGUGACAGAUUUCGACAAAAUCAUAUUUGCUACGGGCUACAAGCUCUCUUAUCCUUUCCUCCCGUUCAAGGCUGUCACGCCGCAAAACCGGUUAUCUGGAUUCUACCAGCACAUUUUUAACAUGGAAGAUCCCUCCCUGGCAGUCGUCGGUCAGAUACGAGCUGCAAUUACUUUCCGUGUCUUUCAAUACCAAUCUACCGCCGUCGCAUGCUUUUUUGCCGGUCGUUCUAAACCGCUGCCGGACGUGUCUGAGCAAUACCGUUGGGAGCGGGAGAGGCUAGCGUACAAGGGACCUACGGAACUGUUCCAUGAGAUCAAGCCAGACUUUGUCGAUUAUUAUGGAUGGCUGAGGGAGUUCGCAGGUAUGUCCACCGAACAGGCCGCAGGUGAACUACCGCCAUUUCAGGAAGGAUGGCUGGAGAGUGAUCUGGGGAUUCUGUUUGAAAAGUCUGCUUACUGGGGAAGGGUGAUAGCAGCAAAAUAA